AGGAUGGGGGAGAUUGGCGAUCCCUGGGGGAUGCCGUUUGCCACCGGUUUCAUGUCCCCACGUUCGCCAUCCAGACAUAUUGCCACCUCUCGAUCAGAGAGGAAGCUCGCGACCCAUUGUACAUAUGGGAGGGGGAGGCCUUCAGCCCGCAGUACAUGUAGGAGACGAGUAUGA